AUGGGGCUCGCUAGUCUGAGGUAUGGCGAUCCUCUCGCAACUUGUCUAAAUUUUCAUUUACAAGGUGUAUUUUUUAAAUUUUGAAGUUAAUCACUUUUCUUAGGUAGUUUCAAAUGUAUGUUGUGAAUGGUAUCAUAUUAUACAUCAAUGUGAAAAGAGAUUGCCAUUCCAUUCAUUUUGUUGUUCAGGUAGUUUGAUUUCGUAGGAUGCUUUUCUUUUAUGCUUUUACGUUUUGAGAUUAAACUAUACUUUUUCUUGGAUUUUUCGUGUGCUUUUAGCGCUGUUUUUUCUUGUUCUCACUAUUCGUUUUGUUCAAAUCGUCACACCGUACCAUCUGUUUACGUUUUAUGUGAAUUUUUUGUUUAUUUGCUUUUCAUGUUGCUGAGGCCUUGUUUUGAAUUUCUUCUCUCGGAUUUAUUACAAAUAAAUGGGGCUUGUCAGCUAAUGUAUAUGAAGAUCUGCUUACUGUCUGAGUUUAAGACAUAAUUAAACCUUAACAUUCAAUUUUUUUUCAGCUGUGCUUUGCUUUAUUUCUAUCAGUUAACAGUAACCGUUACCUGAUUUCAGAUCGAACUCCGGAAAGGUUUCUAGGCACUCCCUGAAAUUUGAGAAACGAAAGCAUUUCUAUGAGCGUAAGUUUUUCAUUUUUGUUAAAGUUCUUCAUUUAUGUAAAUUAUGGAUGCUAUGUAAGUAUUUGAUGUAAUAGGCUUGAUUCCACCGAACUCACUGUUCUCUAGUUUCUUUUUCGCUUUCAUAUGUUUAAGGUAUAGGAUCAGCUCUGAUAUUUUUUUCUUCUUUCUUUUCAAAAGCUAUUGAAUAAAGUGGAUUACAUGAUCAUUUCAUUUUCUUUUUCACUCGUUAUUGUGCUUUUGACGCACUUGAUAAUUAAAAAUGAAAGAAUUCUAAUGUAUAUGAAACUGUAAAGUUUCUAUUGUAUAACUUAUAUAAUCUUCUCUGAAAGUACUUAUCUGUCUUCAAUAUACGAGGAUUCUUGAUUCAAAACAGAAAAAGUAAUAAUGAGAUCGUACAUAUGCCUUUGAAUAUCUAUUUCAGCCAUCGAAAUGAUUCUGUCAGUAGAAGGUGAGAAGGAUCUUGCGGAACUAAAUUCUGAGUUGUGUCAUGCAACCCCAGUAAUAAAUGUAUUUCAUUCUUCUCAGUUGGAUGGCAUACUUCUUUUCUGCAUAGUGAGAUGAGAUAUACUUAUUACAGUCAUAUUACCUCUUCAAGUAAAUAUUUAAACAGAAAUUUUUGUUUUUCAUGUGUUGUCCUUGUCGAUAGUCAAUUAUAACCACAAUAUUUCUAAUAAUGUCGGGCUGGAAUUUUCUUUUCGUGUGUGGAGCUUUAACUGCACUUGACACGGAUUUAUAUUUUUGUUGCCCAUGUUGUAUUAGCUUAAAAUAGAGAAAAUUAGAAAAAAUGGUCAAGGAGUAAGGUUUGGCUGCUUUAUCGAUUAAAGAUUGCUGGUGCAUUGCAGCUUGAUUGGUAACAGUUCCUAAAGAUUGAUUAAUUGUCAUAGUUCUAAUCCUGGACUAUUGCAUUCUCGGUCAGUAGAUUCCGAUUCUGAUCUGUUGAUUUGAGCUGAAAUUGGAGGCUUCCAUGAAUUAUGAUGGAGAACCUACAAAAUAAUCGACAAUUAAGGAAAAAGGGAACCGAAUUGCUUACAUGGAAAUUUGAUGGUCUCAAUCACGCAGCUUGGUUCUAACUGCAAUUGCUCUUUCGUUGACACCCUUUCAUGUUGGAAAGAGACAUAAUUUUAUAGAAAUGAAGUAUAAAAGGGAGAGGAGUCUGCUGGAGAGCCAAUGGAUAAAGGACUAGAAAUGAGUUUGUAGUGGGAGAAGCAGCAAACUGAAACUGGAAAGUGUUGGAAAAGGAAAAACUUCUGUUGGUGCUCUACAUUGUUCGCCCUGACUAUGUGCAGCAAUUUGCUGUGGUCACUGUGGUCACAGCCCAUCUGCCUGAUUUCGCUUUCAUCCUUUCCAAUGGAGUUAGGAUAGUGGCAAGGCAGGAGAUUUUAAUGAGGACGAGAGUUUCUUAAAACACGAAAUUUUAAAAAAACUGGGUAAUUAAUCUCUUUCUUGUUUAAAUUUUUUUGUUGCCAACUUCUGAGAAUUGAAAACUGUUGUGAUAUUAUUUGAAAUUUUAAUUCGAACCACCAUUUGUUGAUAUGAGAUUUAUACUGAAUUCAUGAACCUUAUAUUAAAACAUGUUGUCAAUCAAGUCCUAUAUUCAAUGUUUCCAUGGGGAAUUUAUAAAUUUAAAAUUUUUAUUCUUAUAUUUAUACCAUUUGAUGCUAUGUUGGACCAAGUUCAUGUCUGGGUGUAAUUUCAGGUUGACUCAUCUUGGUCUCACUGGUUUGCCAAGGACUAUCUCGUGCGUAUGAUGUUAAUCUGUGGUGUCAUUUGGGGCUAUACAGGGAAUGUGGCUCCUGAACUACAGAUGGAUGCUGGGAUGGGCAAUAUUGCGAUAAUCUUCUAAAUAAGAAUGGUACUAGUUGCAGCCAGAUUCAAUGAAAGGCAACUUUAAAACACCCUGGUUGACCUUGGACGAUCAACAUAUAAUCAUGAUUCGUAUGUUUGCUUUAUGAGUUUCCCUUACAUGAAUUGAGCUGGUGUAAUUUCAGACUGGUGACUAUGGUCUUUGAUGCGUUGGUGCUAGGGCCUAUUUAACUGUGUUUUUGUGGACUUGAUUUCAGUUCACUACUUUAUUUCUUUCAUUCAUCUAUCGCAACAUGCUAAUAUGAUCCUCUUUGGAAGGAUCAGAUCAGAACGAAUCAGGGGAAAGAAAAUCAACAAUGUUGAUAUAGCAACAUUGGACAGUGUAGUGUUGAUAGAAUGUCAGAAUGAUAGUUCUAUCGAAAUAGAGGGGAAGGAGAGAAGUGGGGGUGGGGAUGGGAUUCGAGAGGAUUCCCUGCCUCUCCAGGUUCACUGUUCUCUCUUACUCUGUUUCUCCAGGCGCUAUUUAUAGUUCUCAGAUGAUCUCGUCUGAGACUUCUGAUCUAUGGAGGUCUCCUGAAUUCCUCCCAUGUUCUAUGCACACGUCUCCUUCUUCCGUCUUCUAUGUUAUUGAUUUCAAUAUUUCCCAGCAAAGGUUGAGAGUCCCUUGUUUCUCAGAGAACAUGCAAAGAAAAGGAGUCUCUGAUAUGGAUCGCCAGCUGGAUGUGGAAAGCAUGGCCUUAGACCAUGCUAUUCUUUAGCCAGGCUGCCUGGAUCUUCAGUCAUUUGCAAAACUGAUGGGCUGUAAAAGAACAUUGGACUUAUUGAUUUUUAUGAUCAUAUAAAGGAGAUAUACAAUCUUCACCUGUCGGUGUUAUGGUGCCAUUCUUAUCAUUUUUUUUUUAUUCUUCUGUUAUAUUUUAUUUGAGUGGUCAUUUUAUUGAGUCUUAAAUCUUGAACUGCUAAAUGGUCUAGCUGCAAUUUGAUUUCAGUAUUUAUUUUUUCAUCCUUUUCCCUUCUAGAAAAUACUGAUGCUUAAAUUAUUCUUCACGUUUGAUAUGUUUUCAGAUGUCAAAAAGGUUGCCGUUUCCCUAUCUGCUACAAAAACAAUCAGCAAGGUUUCACACUGCUCUUUGAUCAUUUGACACCGCUUUUGUGCCUCUUUUAGAGUUUCUUGAAGUGCUGUUAUAUCUUGCUCGUUUAUGAGGGAUUAUCAAAGCAACUUUAAAGCUGUUUCUUCAUCUUUUAAGCGAUGGUCAUGGAUUGUCGAGAAAUGUAUGUGAAAACUCAAGCUGACCCAUUUUCCAUCAACAAGGAGAUGCUGUGACGAUGCGCUCUUCCUGUCUUCACAUACCUUGGAAUCUUCACCUGUUUCUCUUGACACAAAUCGUCUCUAAUACCUUCCCUGCGAGCUUCAUCGUCCAAACUUUCUUUCUUUCUUUCCAGUUUUACUUCAGGCCCAGGAUUCAUUGAACUUUGGACAUGCCUUGUCUGCUCCCGCAAUCCACAAAGACGGGCGGCGGUCUCGCUGUUCCAUCACAGCUUGGUUUGAUCUCCACUUUAGGUUUCUCACAUGUAGAGGCAUAUUUUAUGAGUUUCCAUCGCUCAAACAUGAUUCUCCCCCAGACAUUCUAUUAGCCACUGGUCUUUAUAGAGUUUCUUAUGGUGUACUUUCAUCUCAUUCCAUCCUGAUCCUCAUUCUCAUCAACAAGAACUCGUCCAAUACUUGAUUGAACGCAAGAAAUUCAGAGAUUUUUGCCCGGAUUCAAUUACACCAUCUAGAGUCAUCCGCAUGAUUUCUUGACGUGGGUUUGUGACGAAACUGCUUUGAAUCAUUUCUCUGAAUUUUUUUAAGGUGGUGAUCAUUCAAUUUUGCCACCUCUCUAAUGGCCUUCUGUGAGCUUGCGCUGUCCUUUAAUCGGCAAUGCAUCGAUGUAUGGUCACCAGUCUCACUGUUCUCCCUCUAUGAGUGCUAAAUGAUCAAUAUUCAUCUUGUUUAGUAUUUUUUCAGUCCAAUUCCCCAUGGAAGUCAUCUACUCUAGGGUUUCCUCUGCAGAAGAAAAGAACACGAAGCCGGCAGAAGAAACUCAAAGCCUAUGAUCUCUCUGCACUCUCUGCCACCUUGCCGGAUGAAAAUAGCCCACCGCCACAGCAGGACGGUCCCACUGCUAAACUGAAAUUCAACUGCAAGUCCAGGACGAAGCUAGUGUACAGUCCCUUUCAGCUUCCUCAUUCUUGUUGGAUCUCGUCCCAGUUCCGACCGCUCUUAUGGCGUCUGAUUCCCGCAGGGAGAGAGAGGGAAAGCAGCUACAGGCCGUCUUCAGCCAUCCCGCAUUCCAGUCGGACCCAGUCGCCGCCAUCCGGCAGCACCUCGAAAGCACGCAGCCGCUGGUCUCGAAGCCGGCGAAGAAAGACGGAGAGGGGAAGAGGUCGACGAGGAAGAGGCGGCAGCGGUCUACAGGCGUGAAAUCCAUGGAGACGUAG